AUGAGAAAAGAAUUGCGGGAUGCAGAGCCUGAGAGUUAUAUUUUGAAGAAAUUAAAUAAUGACAAUGAAAGAGCACUUGCACAAUAUCUUAAUGAAUUUAUAAUAAAUGAAUCGAUUUACCAUAGGCGUUCGGAGGCAUUCACAGAUAAUUUUAUUUGUUAUCUUCUUACGGAAUUAAAAUUUAACAGAUAUCCAUUAGUAUUGAAGUUGCAACCAGACGUCAAGAUGCGGACACUUACACUCUUUGAUACAACAGAAUCACAAUUAUCAGCUGAAAUUCUUGCAUGUGCCUACACCAAUUUUGAAAAUGGUGACAAUCCUAUGUUUAGAAUAGAUCAAAUGGUAUACGAAGCAUUUCUACUGUAA